GUAGUCACAGGUCGCAUCCGGUUCGUGCGUCGACUAAGAUACAAAAAGGAGAAAGCAAAAAUUCUCACCAGGAGCCGAAAAACGGAGAAAUGAAAUCAGGUUUUUAGUUAUUAUUUUCACGUAUAGCGAUAUAUCAGUUUUUAUGUAGUUUUAAGUCAUGAGUUUAAGCCACUAAUGUUUUUAUAGUAGUGUUCGCAGAGCAGUUUUAAAUGGUUGGAUCCAUUUUAUUUAUCGGGAUUAAGUGCAGUUUAAAUUGGGAUUGAAUCUGCUCAGGUCUCACCUUAACGCAUGUGUUAAAGGUCGUCUGCGCGUUAAGUGUAGUUAUAUUUUAUCAGUAGCGGUAAGUGUGUGUUUGCGGGGUUGGUGAUGGCCACAUCGGCCCUGUACGCCUGCACCAAGUGUAACCAGCGGUUCCCGUUCGAGGAGUUGUCGCAGGGCCAGCAGCUCUGCAAGGAGUGUCGGAUCGCGCACCCUAUAGUGAAAUGCACCUACUGCAGGUCAGAGUUUCAGCAGGAGAGCAAAACCAACACUAUCUGUAAGAAAUGCGCACAGAAUGUCAAACAGUUUGGGACGCCGAAGCCAUGUCAGUACUGUAAUAUUAUUGCUGCAUUCAUUGGGACCAAAUGUCAGCGCUGCACCAACUCUGAGAAGAAGUAUGGCCCUCCACAGACCUGCGAACAGUGCAAGCAGCAGUGUGCCUUCGACAGGAAAGACGAGGGAAGGAGAAAGGUGGAUGGGAAGCUCUUGUGUUGGCUCUGCACGCUUUCAUACCGUCGUGUUCUACAGAAAACAAAAGAGCAGCGGAAAGGCCUUGGCUCUUCCCAUUCUAACUCCUCUUCCCUCAGUGAGAAGGAACAUCAGAGACACCAUCAUCAUCAUCAGCACCACAGACAUGGAAGUUCGCAUCACAAAAUAAGUGGUACUUUAAGUCCAGAGCAGGAUCAGGGACUGUGGAAGCAAAGCAUUCAGAAGGAAACGCCAAAGAAAAAACCCAAACUAGAGACAAAGCCAUCCAAUGGAGACAGUAGUUCAAUCACACAGUCAAUGGAUUCUGGAGGCACGGAUAACUUCAUCUUGAUUAGUCAGCUGAAAGAGGAAGUAAUGUCAUUGAAGCGCAUGCUGCAGCAGAGAGACCAGACCAUCCUUGAGAAAGACAGGAAGCUGACGGAGCUGAAGGCAGAUUUUCAGUAUCAGGAGUCAAAUAUGCGGGUCAAGAUGAACAACAUGGAGAAAGCACACAAAGAGGCCAUGGAGCAACAACAGGCUAAGAACAGAGAAUUGAUGAAACAAGUUGCUGCACUCUCAAAAGGCAAGAAGUUUGACCGCAGCAGCAGUUCACUGCUGUUACCAUAGCAAUGACCUCACGCCAUAACAAUGACCCCUUGCCCUGAUGUGUCAUUACUGUGAGGAAGCUUCACCCCCCCAUUGCUCACAGAUUAUCUGUGUGUUGUGUUUUAUUAUUCUGAUGAUGUCACAUAUGCAAAAAUCUCAGUUUAUUAUUGUUUUAUUUUCUUUGGCUGUUCUCAGCAGUUUUAGUAAUCAUGUAUUUACAAAACAGACAUACUGUAUAGAGCCAUUACAGGAGCCCUGGCUGAACCCCAGCCUCAGAUCUCAUAUGCAAAACGUUUCAGAACUUCUGAAAUCUGAUUGAAUGGAAGCAGAAGAGCUGUCAACAAAUGUACGGAAAUGUUAUGAAUUGAACGUGUCAGAUAUGCUGAACAGUUUUUAUAGAUGCUAAAUUCAUCUCUCUUUCUCACACUCGCUUCUCUUUCGCUCUCUCUUUCUCUCUCACUCAUGGAAAGACUGUAUUACUGCAUGUCUUACUGCCUGGUCAACUGUGUGGUUUUGUAUAUUAACUGAUUACUCUGUUUUGUUUGGCUUUGUAUUAGUGAUAUUUCAGAGAUGAAUUUUGCAGGCCUGUAUGAGACACUGCUGUUUUAGUGAGUGAGGGCUCUAUUAUGUCCCCCAGCCCCCCCCAUGCAUUCUCAUAUUUUUACUGUCAGACACUUUUGUACUGUUUUUUUUUUUUUUUUUUGUUUGUUUGUUUUCUGCAACACAGACGUUUCAGGAAUAUUAAAGCUAGUAAAACCUCA